GAAGUAUCUAUCAAAAAAAUUUCAAAGAAAAAUCUGAAAUGGAAAACCUACAGAAUUAUUUAAAAAAAAAAAUUUUAUAAUUAAAAUUUCUUUGGAGAAACUUCCCCAAUAUUCUUUAUAUUUAUCUCAUUUUCAGCUCUUCCAUUCAAUCAACCAAAGUUUUGUCCAACAGCCACUUGGAAUCCCACAGGAAUUACCUUUGCUAAUCAAUCUAUUGUUGGUCAAGAUCCUUUCGCUAUUUUUGUGAGCACAAACAAUACAAUCUAUGUUGCUAAUCAACAAAAUAGCACAAUUGUAAUGUGGCAAGAAGAGAAUAUCAAUCUAACAAAGAUCAUUACCGGUAAUUUUACAGAACCUUGGUCUCUUUUCGUGACAACAAAUGGUGAUAUUUAUGUUGAUGAUGGUGAGAAGAAUGGUCGAGUUCAGAAAUGGAGUGUAGAAACAAAUACUUUUGUCACGGUGAUGAAUGUUAACUCAUUAUGUUCCGGUUUGUUUGUCGAUAUCGAUGAUACUCUUUACUGUUCAAUGUUUAAUCAUCAGCAAGUAGUGAAAAGAUCAUUAAAUGAUUUUAUCGUGGCUUCAAACCGUGUUGCUGCUGGAACAGGUAUUUACGGAUCAGCCCCGAAUCAGCUCUAUGGCCCUGCUGGAAUUUUUGUCGAUGUAAAUUUGGAUUUAUAUGUGGCAGAUUAUUACAAUGAUCGAGUUCAGCUAUUUCAGUCAGGAGAACCAAAUGGCAUUACAGUAGCUGGAAGUGGAUCACUAAAUUCAAUAAUUACUCUUGUUCGUCCAACUGGAGUAAUAUUAGAUGCGGAGAAAUAUUUAUUCAUUGUAGAUAGUAAUAAUCAUCGCAUUGUUACAUCAGGUUUGAAUGGUUUUCGAUGUUUAGUUGGAUGUGAUGAAGAGGGUUCACAAUCAAAUCAAUUGAAUAAUCCAUAUAGUUUGAGUUUCGAUCAUUCUGGAAAUAUGUUUGUUACUGAUCAAUCAAAUCAUCGAAUUCAAAAAUUUAAAUAUUUAAAAAGAUAUUGUGUCAAUACUUUCUCUGUUAUCCAAAAGACCUAUUCAUCAUCAUUGACUAACAACAAUCAAAUGUAUUAUCGAGAUUGUCAGAAGGAACUUUUUUAUUAUGAAUCUAUUCAAGUAAAGGUGAAUAAAAGUGGUUACUACAGUUUUCGUGGUAGUGGUGACAUUGAUCCAUAUGGAUCUAUUUACAAACACAAAUUUAAACCACUUGAUCCAUCGGAGAAUUUGUUCGAUCAAGAUUAUGCCCGUUACUCUAAUAUUCAGUUCAAAUUUGAUAUUCUUCUUAAUGUUGACAUGACAUACGUAUUGGUUGUGACAACAUUUGAUUCAAAAGAAACUGGAAAAUUUUUGAUCGUUGUGUUGAGUGAAAACAAAGUUAUUCUCGAGCGUCUUAGUACUCCCGUAAAUAUUCAAUUAAUAUAUUCAUCAAAAUUAACUGAUAAUAGCCCAACAUAUUAUCGAGAUUGUCAAGUACCGCAAUGUCAUUAUGAAACUCUACAAAUUCAUGUUAAUACAACGGGUUUGUAUGUUCUUUGGAGUGAAAAUAAUAUUAAAGCAUAUGGAUAUAUCUACAAAAAUGAUUUCAAUCCUCUAAGACCAUCUGAAAAUUUACUUCUAUCACAUGACGGUCCAAAACAAAGUAGUUGUGUGAUUGGUGAUCAAUGUAACUUUUACAUCAAAGGAAUUGGUUUGACUCUCGAUGAUAUUUUACGCGAUGAACUUCAACUAAAUACAGUGUUGAAUAAUCAGUCAUUUUCGAUUAAAUUAAGUGCGGGUUUAACAAUAGUUAUGUUCAUCGCAGGAUUAAUCAAUAGUGUUCUCUCUUUUAUCACAUUUCAAAGUAAAGAUGCUCAACAAGUUGGAUGUGGAAUGUAUCUAGUGGCAUCAUCAAUUACUUCUCUUUUAACAAUUAUCAUGUUCAUAAUCAAAUUCUGGUUUGUUAUUCUUACUCAUAUCAAUGUGUACACUAGCGUGUCUGUUCUUCGUGGAGGUUGUAUCUCUAUUGAACCAAUUCUAAAACUUUUUCUUUACUUGGAUGGUUGGCUUAAUGCUUGUGUUGCAGUUGAACGAGCAGUACUUAUUUUUAAAGGAGUUAAUUUUGAUAAACAAAAGAGCAAAUCUAUUGCUCGACGAACAAUUCUUAUUUUACCAUUCUGUAUUUUCGGUACACUUAUUCACGAGUUUGUCUUUCGCCGAUUGUUCGAAUACGAAACAGUACCAGAUACGAGUAAGACUAAUGAAGACACAAUCAAACGAUAUGUAUCAUGCAUUACUCGAUAUUCAACAUCUGUCCAAGAUUACAAUAUAGCCGUUCUAUUUUUUCACCUUGUUGGUCCAUUUAUUGUCAAUCUUUUCUCUGCAUUGUUCAUCAUCUUUGGAGGUGCUCAACAACGAUCAGUGGCACGAACUAAUCAAAGCUUUAAAGAACAUGUUAAAGAACAAUUCAAUGAUCAUAAACAAUUGAUCAUUAGUCCAAUAGUUUUGCUCAUUUUAUCAAUACCUCGUCUCAUCAUUUCAUUACUUCCUAGUUGUGUGAAAACAUCUGAGAACUUGUGGUUGUAUCUUGGAGCAUAUUUCAUUUCUUUUACUCCUUCGAUGCUGAUCUUUCUUAUAUUUGUCUUUCCUUCAGAAAUGUAUAUGAAAGCGUUUAAACAAUCGUUCAAUCGUACUCGACGGCGUAUUCCUUCAUAA